UUAAAUGGGGUGGGUUAUGAUAAAAUAAUUGACAUCGUUACAUUGCAGCAAAUGAUUAACAUAUAUGAAAAAUAUAAUAAUAUUUGAAAGGUUCAAUCAUUAAUUCUUUUCUGUAUCUUUGUGCAGGAGAAGAACCAUAAGAGUUUUGUGAGACCUUCCUGUGUAUCAGUGAUGUGUCCCAAGCCUUUUGUAUUCAUGAUGCUGAUGGUUAUUGCACUACUACCUUCUUGCCAGCCUGCAUCAGCUGUGAAACGGAUCACAUUAUUCCGACACAAAAUGACACUUAAGGCGGACAGUCGGAAUCUGAUCCCAUGUAUGUUCUACCCAGACCAUGCCAUCGAUCCAGCUGUUCUUCGAUUAGAAUGGGGUAAAAUUCCCGUAGGUGGGGGGGAGUACACCCCUUUAAUCCACCUUUCCAACGGCAGAGUACAAACCUUCCAUGACAACAGUAGGAAGUACCAGCUUUUUGUUUCUCUGGUGCCGAGUGGGAACUGUACAUUGAUCAUCGAUGACACUGAUACGUCGGACGGUGGAACUUAUGAAUUGUGGAUGUCGGUGAAUAAGGUUGUGUAUAAGCCCGCUUCCAAGAUCAAAAUCGACAUUUUGGAUGACAAGAAACCUUCUUCUCGGGCACUUUGGUCCGACAUAAUUAAAACACUGAAAGAUAAUUUGAAGGGAGAAGCAGAAACGACUACGAAUACUCCAAUUACUACAGAUACUCCAAUUACUACAACUACUACAAAAACGACUUCACAAACUCCAACUACUCCAACGGCUAGAACUACUCCAACACCUACUAGAGCUACUAUAAAAGCGCCGACUACUACUACUACAACCAGUAUAAUGACUAGUACAGAGCCAGCAGUUGCAAACAGUGAUGCUGUCGAGAGGGCGUUAGUUAUAUCGGUGAUGGUGAUUGGACCGAUUCUUGUGAUAACCUCAAUCAUAUCAGGAGUUGGAAUUUAUAUGUAUGUGACACUGAGGAAGAAACGUUCAUCUAGAGAUGUAGAGAACCCAGAAGUGAGCACACUAGCAUCACAGCCCUCCAGGUAUGUAAGCCAGAAAUUUCCUCUUAGUUUCCUAAAUCCAUGAAUUUGUGUAGACUUCUGUUUAACUUGGAUACAAACAAAGG